AUGUAUGGAGAAAGUCACGUUAGUGCCGAUGAAGUACAAGAGUUUGAGGAAAGCACCGUUGCGCUCCAACUUCCAACAUUAACCCAACAAAAGUCUACGAGUGGAACACGUAAGAAUGGGUUACUAGAAGGUUGUUUUGUAACUUCAAAUCAAUUUGAAGCCCAGAGUUAUGAAGAAAGUCUUCCAGAAAUUGGUUCUGUUGGUCCUCAACGACGAGAAAAGAUGGUGAGAUUUGAAAACGACAAGACAUUAGACGCGGACAACGAAAAAGCCUGCAUUCUAAGGCUACCAGACAUCCAGAAACCGUAUGGCCGCGAGUCUUUGGAAGAAAAACGUAUUGAGGAGAAUGGGAAAAUUUACAGUAAUAAUUCUGAGCUUGAUAAAGGCCUUGAAGGUAUAAACCACAAUGGUGUCGGUCACAGGGAGGAAACUUGCCCUCUGUUGUUGAAAAACUACCAAUACCAACGUGAGAUGAGGUAUACAAGGUGCACUCAAAAAAUCUCGAGGGCAAAAUAUACUUAUUUUCCGCGAUUUCCUUCUCCAAAGCCCUUGAACAAGAGAGAAAAACUCAAGAAGGAGAUGGAGGAGAGAAAACCCAAGAAGCGCGACGAACCACUUCAUCCAGGAAGUCUAAGGACGAAGGAAGAAUACUUAAAGAUAUUUCUUUCGCUAAAAACUGCCGAGAGAAAUUUUGUGAAGAAGCAUAAACUCUCCUGCCGCACUGGCUCCGAUUCGCCAUUUUUUUCUUGA